AAGAUGCAGAGUGAGACUAUACCCGCUGACUGGGACCAGAAGCCAGUUAAACAGCUGGUAGGAGAGAACCUGGAGAGACUGGCUUUCAACCCUGACAAGACUGCUUUCAUCAUGUUCUACCUGCCCUACAGUGAAGAGAGUCGUUCUCUGUUCCCGCUAUGGGAGGAGCUAGCCCAGCACUUCCUGGACAGAGAGGAAGUUGUCAUCGCUCGCAUCGACGCCUCGGCCAAUGACUUCAACCUGUCGAUGAGAGAACGCUACCCCGCCCUCCGCCUGUUCCCCGCGCUGCACGCAGAGAGG